CCCAUUGAUCGCAACAACUCUCAUUCCCUUUAAUAUCUUUCUUUCUCUUCUACCCCACACCCACACAUAUACAUACAUACACUUUACUGUAUCUAUACUAUCAUCUCUCUGCUCUCUCUUCCGCCAUUAAUUUCAGGGUUUGUUCGAUCGAAACACGUUAAAAGAUGUUACAGUGAUUGAUGAAUCCAUUACAUUCGUUCAAUGGAGCCUCAAUUACAUACUCUUACAAUAACAUUUAUGUUAAUUAUGUUCAUAUUGCCAAUUGCUGAGCCUCAAUCUGUUCUCAACAUUCCUGACAUAACACAAGCUAGGGUUCUUGAUGAUAUUAUUCAAGAGUAUGCUUAUCACGUGUUUGAUAAUCCGAAUAAUCCGAAAACCGGUGUAGUGUAUGACGGCAUUGCCCCGAAAAACUUGACUGGUAUCCGAAUUUCGGGUUUAAGACUCAGAACUGGUAGCUUGUUUACUAGAGGAGUUCCUAUGUAUAAGGAGUUUAGAAUUCCGAUAGGCGUUGUUGUGCAACCGUAUGUCGAAAGACUUGUUUUAGUGUAUCAGAAUUUAGGAAACCGGUCGAAUGGAUAUUAUCCUUUACCGGGGUAUAUGUAUCUAGCUCCUGUGUUAGGUCUUCUUGCUUACAAUGGUACUGAUUUGUCGGUUAAAAGUCGUACGGAAUUGGACCUCCAAGCGUCGGAUGAACCUAUUCAAAUAGAGUUUGGGUCAGUUAAGCCUGCACCGGGUGGUUCUGGUUCGAACCCAAUGUGUGUUUGGGUUGACCUACAUGGUCAAGUUAAUUUUACUAAUGUGGUGGAUGGUAACAGAUGUUUGGCUUUUAAACAAGGGCAUUUUUCGAUCGUAGUAAAGGACAUUGUUAAACGAGAUAAGCAUGGUGGGAUUGAUUCUAGGGUUUGGGCGAUUGUUGUGUAUGUGGUUGGCGGAUGUGUGUUGUUGGUGAUGUUGGCAGUGUUGGUUGUGUUGAUUCGCGGGUGUAAAAAGAGGAAAACGACGCGUAAAAUGGAACGCGCGGCAGAGGGUGGUGAACCACUGCAUAUGACCAUGAUUGGUGGGGUGAAAGCACCGGCCGCUAUGGUGACAAGAACACAGCCUACUCUUGAGACAGAGUAUGUCCCAUGAACUAUUUUCAUUAGUAUUAUUCUAGUUGCACAUGUUUUUGAUUCAUUUGUUGGUACAUGUUUUACAGUUCUUGUGUAAAUGAUAAUAUCUGACCACAAACAACAAUUCCUUGCACAGUCAUUAUUGUUCGUCAUUGGUUUUGGUCUACAACGUUUCGUG